ACUUAGAACUACCAUAACCACAAGUCUAACUCCAGUGUUGAUUGGACGAUGAUAAGCGAUAGGUUACGUGGCAUUGGUGUCCGCGCAGACUCAGAUCACAACAUCCUUCGUCUAUCAUCGCCUGGAAGAUGGUGGCAGUCAAAAUGCAGUCUUGUGUGUUGUUAGUUUUGCUUUUGAACGUUUAUUACACCUUUGUCUCCUCGCUGUACUUUCACAUCGGGGAGACUGAGAAGAAAUGCUUCAUAGAGGAAAUUCCGGAUGAAACCAUGAUCAUCGGAAAUUAUCGUACACAAUUGUACGACAAACAGAAAGAAGAGUACCUUCCUGCCACACAGGGUCUGGGGAUGUUUGUUGAGGUGAAAGACCCUGAUGAGAAGGUGAUCCUGUCUCGUCAAUACGGCUCGGAGGGAAGAUUCACCUUCACCUCUCACACCCCAGGAGAACAUCAGAUCUGCCUUCACUCCAACUCCUCCAAGUUUGCCCUCUUCGCUGGAGGAAUGCUUAGAGUUCACCUGGACAUCCAAGUGGGAGAGCACACCAAUAACUAUGCAGAGAUUGCAGCCAAAGACAAGCUGACAGAGCUGCAGCUGAGAGUGAGACAGCUGGUGGAGCAGGUGGACCAGAUCCAGAAGGAGCAGAACUAUCAGAGGUACCGUGAGGAGCGCUUCAGGCAGACCAGUGAGAGCACAAACCAGAGGGUUCUGUGGUGGUCCAUCGUUCAGACAUUGAUCCUGGUGGCCAUUGGCUUCUGGCAGAUGAGACAUCUCAAGAGUUUCUUCGAAGCCAAGAAAUUAGUGUAGACCUGCACUCUCAUUUUGUUGUUUACCUGAGUCUGGGUUGGGGAUCAAAUCAGUAAACUCAGGAAGUGAACUUUAACUCUAUUCAAUUGAAAAUUCUCCCAUUGUUUUCUAUGAGGCAUUUUUCAUUCAUCAAUUCAGGUUUUAAAUUCACUUCCUGAAUUGAUAAGUGAAAUGAACCCAACCCUGGUCUGAAUGCAGUACUCAAACAUCAGUCAGAAUGUGUGUUUGCUCCCAGAAGUAUAUGUGCAGACUGGUGAUGUUACCAUCCUAUCAGUGAAAACCACCCAAUUACUUUGCAUUUUGAUAGGGCUCUGCUUUUGGAUUUUUAAGACCCUUUUAUGACCUUGAUAUUCCCCAUCCCUGUUUCUAUAAGGUAUCAGUCUGCAAUUAGUUUUAUUUAUGAUCCUCUAGAUAAUGUUUUACUUUAGGCUGGGAAAAAAUGUUUUUUUUUACUAUUGAUGAUAUCAAACAUUGUUCUUCGGAAAGUUAAAACCACUUGUAUUUUUUUUUUCAACACAUGCUCCUCCCCCCAUAAUAUAUUUCUGUUUGUGACUGCCAGUCAUAUUAUAGGCUGCAUCUUCUCCCUCAAAAUAACAGGUGUGUUUUCAAACUAAUUAGAUGAUGUUUUCACUCUACAUGCAUUGUAAUGGGGUUUUUGUUACUAGCUGAGAGAGAGAGAGCACCUAUUUUAGUUUAGAGCUGUACAACAGAAAUGGUGACUUGAUUUAUGAAAUGUAUUUUUGGUCAUGUGUGCAUACUGGUCUUUGUAUCUGGAUGUUUUUUUUAAUUUAGAUUCAAAUUAAUUUACAUUUCAACCCCUGAUGUAUUUAGUGUCAGUCAUGGUCUGUGUGUUUAGAAACAGAAAGACAUCCAGCAUAUUUUUUUUUUUAUGGAGAUCUUGAAAAUGUGGAACCUUCUCCUGUCUUGUUAGCCAGUAUCUGUAUUCACAAAGCACCUUGGAGUAGGCUUGCUGAUCUAGUAUCUGUUACCCCUUGCUAUUCAUUUUGAUUUAAAAGUCUAAGCUGAUCCUAGCUCAGCACUUCUAUUCUGAGACGCUUACUGAAUACGGGCUCGGUCUGUGUUUUAUUUAAUGGUCCAUUUAUAAAGCUGGAAAGUGAAACAAGAAACAUGACAUUUUAGUUAAAGGGUGGUGAUAGUGUCUGUUAAUAUGGUAGUUCUAUGGAAGAAAAAAAAGUAAUGUGAAAUACUAGCUAUGCAUUUGCUUAAGUAAGUGAGCAGUUCACACAGUUUCUCCCUAACUUGCUGAAUACACUGCCAAAGAUGUUCACUUAUCACAAUCCAUUGACUUGAUGAUGGUCAAGUAAAUAUUGAUUUAAAGAGAUUUGCUUGUUUUUUCCCCAUCUAUACUGCAUAUCUAAGUGAACCAGGAGAGAUGGUGUUUUUGGCUUCUGUUCUGUCCAUUUCCUUUCUACAAAUUCUCAAGUAGAGUUUUGAAGACACUGAUUUAAUUCAAUAAAGAACUGCUGUCCAGUUAAA